CUAAAACGCGAACCUAGCGGCGUUUUGAAGAACUAAAGAGAACCGCUGUAUGGCAGUGAACCACCUUGUAGCAUGCUCUAGAAGUGAAGAUUGAAUGCAGGUUGAAUAAGAAAAAGUGAAUGUAACAGUAUUUUUUAAUGAGGCGAUUUUGAAAAAUUCUGGAUGUUAUGGCUGUCAACAGUAGAAAAAGUGAAAAUGGAGAUGAUGUCCUUGAACCUCUUAUUCUGCCAUCAAGAAAAAUUGACACUUCUGCAGAUGAAUCUCCAGAAAAUUCUUUAACAUGUUUGUUCUGUGACGAGACAUUUUCAAUACAGUCAGAUCCACAACAUAAUAGGUUUAUUCAUCAUUUAUUUAAAGAACAUAAGUUUGUUAUAGAUAAAGUUAAAUUAAUUGCAGACUUCAAAAGUUACAUUGAAUAUUGGAGAAAAAGGUUUGGAGAAGGCACAAUUGUAGAAUUCUGUCCAGUUAUAAAAACAAAUAGUGAGAAGAAUAGUUCUGCUACUAGUGAAUACUUUUAUUUAUUGUGUGAUGUCCUCCCAGAAGAUAAAGCAAUUCGAGAAAAAUUACAGAAACAAAGAUUAGAAUAUAUAUUAAAUGAACAUCAAAAGGAGAGAAAUGAUACUACAUUCAAGCACUCAUGUUUAUUUUGUAAAAAAGUGUUUAAAGGAAACAGGGCAGAUCUUUUUAGUCACAUGGUAAUAGAUCAUAAUUUUAAUAUAGGACACUCUGACAAUAUAGUAUUUGGAAAUGAAUUUCUAAACAUUUUACAGGAAAAGCUUGAAAGUUUACAAUGCUUGUAUUGUGAAAAAAUAUUUAAAAAUUGGUCAGCAUUGAAGGAACAUAUGAGAAAGAAGCAACAUAAAAGAAUUAGGCCUGAUAACACAUCAUAUGAUAAAUUUUAUCUUAUUAAUUAUUUGGAAUCAGGAAAAAGUUGGGAAACUAUUCAGAAUGAAUCUGAUUUUUUCAUUAAAUCUCCAGUUGAAGAUAGUGAUGAAGAAUGGAGAGAUUGGGAAGAAGAGUCAACUCAUGUAGUCUGUUUGUUUUGUGAUUUUACUUCUUCAGAUGUUGAUGAACUAAUGUUACAUAUGAAUAAAUGUAAAUUGACAGCAAUCGGAAACUGGAUUGACAUAGAAUGGAGAGAUUGGGAAGAAGAGUCAACUCAUGUAGUCUGUUUGUUUUGUGAUUUUACUUCUUCAGAUGUUGAUGAACUAAUGUUACAUAUGAAUGAAAACCACAAAUUUGAUUUUGAUGAAAUAAAAACAAAAUUCACAUUAAAUUUUUAUGAACAAGUGAAGCUAAUCAAUUACAUUAGAAAACAGAUGCAUCAACAAAAUUGUUUUAUAUGCAAUAAAAAUUUCACUUCAAGAAAGGAAUUGAAUCACCAUAUGAUUGAAACAGGACAUAUAUCAUCUAUUCCAUCCAAAGAAGUUUGGGAUCAGCCAAAGUAUUACUUCCCAACAUACGAGAAUGAUAAUUUGUUAUGCUGUUUGGAUGAUGGUGAGAAUUUCCAAUGUCAGAGUUUGGAACCACCUGUUUUACCUGAAGAAUUAGAAAAGCCUAUUAGUUCUAUUUUAUUAGAUGAAAACGUUCGGAAACUUUUGAUUCAAUAACUAAAAAUAGUUUUGAAUUACAACUUGUACAAAUAUAUUAUCAUCAUUGAAGCAGUUAUUUUGUUAAGUAUAAAUAAACAAACAAAAUCUAGUAAACAUAAA